AUGGCCCACACGAUCAAGUCGCUCAUAACGCCUGCUCUUUUCCGCGAAAUCCAAGAGUUUUGGUUCCUCAAUUCCACCCCCGAGGCAUGCGUCAUAUCGCCGCAGGAGAAUGUUCAACGGUGGUUCAUGGGUGGCGAAGCCCUCGACAGGGAAUGCGUCGAGAAAUUCUUGCCAACCCUGGAAGCACUCCGGAAAACCGGCGUCACAUCCGGCACCGAGAUUCUCGACGCCGUUGAGCCGACGGAACCAUGCGACUGGAUGAGCCUCCUCAUUCUGCUGGACCAAAUCCCGCGAAAUUGUUACCGCGGGGCCUCGUCCUCUGUCGUCUUUGAUGAGUUCGAUCCCCUCGCGCGGGAUGUUGCGCGCGCAGCCAUUGAGCAGGGGCUCCCGGACCGGAAUCCAGAGAUGCGGUGGCAAUUCGCGUUCCGUAGCUGGUUCUACAUGCCGCUCAUGCACUCGGAAGACUUGAUUGACCAUGAGCAGGCGCUGGACGGGUUCCGACGCGCCGUGACGGAUGUUGAGUCGUUGGCGGGCGGGCACGAGGUGUCACCGGGGAAUGAGCACCAUGCACGAGCGCUGAGGGUCGUCGGAGGGGAUGUUGAAGCGGCACUCAAGAUGGCCAAGACGAAUUUGGAUUUUGAGCAGAUGCAUUAUGACAUCAUCAAGAAGUUUGGACGGUAUCCGCACCGGAACAAGGCGUUGGGCAGGGAGGCGACGGCGGAGGAGAAGGAUUAUUUGGAAAAUGGGGGCCAUACGUUUGGUUAG